GGGAUAGAAAACUUAUCUGAAGAAAUAAUAGCUGAAAACUCCCCUAAUCUGGGAAAGGAAAUGGAGAUCCAGAUCAAGGAGGCACAGAGAUCCCCCAGAAUUCAACCCAAGGAGGUCCACACCAAGACAUACAGUAAUUAAAAUGACAAAAAAAAAAAAAAAAAAAAGCAGUGAUAAAAAAUUUUAAAGCACCAAGUGAGAAAAAGACAGUUACAUACAAAGGAAACUCCAUAAGGCUAUCAGUGGGUUUUUCAGCAGAAACAUUACGGGCUAGAAAGGAGUGGCAUGAUAUAUUCAAAGAGGUGAAAGGGAAAAAAUUUCAGCCAAGAAUACUUUCUCCAUCAAGGCUACUAUUCAGAAUAGAAGGAGAGAUAGAAUUUCUCAAACAAAAACCAAAGGAGUUCAUGACCACUAAACCAGCCCUACAGGAAAUAUUAAAGGGGACUCUUUGAGUGGAAAGGAAAGACCAUAAGUGAGAGCAUGAAAAGUAAAAAAACAAAGGCAGUAAAAAUAAGUAUUUCUGUAAAAAUCAGUCAAGAGAUUCAUAAAAUAAAAGGAUAUAAAAUAUGACAACAUAUACCUAAAAGGUGGUGGGGAGAGGAGUAAAGAAUGAGCUCAAGCUAACACAACCAUCAAACUGAUAUAGACAGAAGAUGUUAUACACAACCCUAAUGGUAACCAUAAAUCCAAAGUCAGUAAUAGAUAUGCAAAGAAUAAAGAGAAAAGAAUCCAAGUAUAUCACUAAAAAAAAAGCUGACUAAUCAUAAGAGAGCCAGGGAAGAAAGGAACAAAGAACUACAAAAACAACCAUGAAGCAAGUAACAAAAUGCCAAUAAAUACAUAUCUAUCAAUAAUUACUUUGAAUGUAAAUGCACUAAAUGCUUCAUUCAAAAGACACAGGACAACAGAGUGGAUUAAAAAAAUAAUAAUAACAAGACCCCAAAAAAAGACCCAUCUAUAUGCUGUGUACAAGAGACUCAUUUCAGACUGAAAGACAUCUGCAGAUUGAAAGUGAAGGGAUGGAGCCCCACACAAUCAGAGGCACAGCAGGCUCAUGACUCCAGGCCUGGACGUCAGAGCUAAGAAGUGUUCAGAACCCAAGUCAUGGAUCCACCUAUGUGUAAAGAAAAUUCCAAAGUUAAACAACCUGUCAGCAAAGUUGAGAAGGCCAAGCAGAAAUCAGCCCAGCAGGAGCUGAAGCAAAGACAAAGAGCAGAGAUCUAUGACCUUAACAGAGUCAUGACAGAACCUGAGCAGCAAGAGUUCAAUGAGUUCUGUAAACAGAUGCAGCCGUCUGGAGAGUGAGCCACUCACUCCUUGUUCAAACUAGAUGGGAUCCCAGAGGCUUUGUCUGUCAGCUUGUUACUAGUUUUAGGCUGAGAUGGUUCAUUUGGAACCGUACAGAACUAGACAGAAAGACAUUUCUGUUAUCCCUAAAACUGGAUAAAUCUGAACUUACUGCAUGUAACGUUGGCUUCACUGAUUCCUCCAUUCUGAAUUAUCCCAGUACUUACUGAAGAGACUUGUUUUAUUCUUCUUAGACAAUAGAUUUUUUAUAUGUUUCCAUUGUUUGAGAAAAAUCAGUGUUUCUUGUGAAACUGUAGAUCUUCUCCAAAAGUAUAAAUAAAAUACUAAUAAAAAAAAAAAGUGAGGGCAUGGAGAAACAUUCAUUAUGCAAAUGGAUGCCAGAAGAAAGCUAGGAUAGCAAGUCUUAUAUUGGAACAAAUAGAUUGUAAAAUAAUGAAUGUAACAAGAGACAAAGAAGGACACUAUUUAUUAAUAAAGGGGACAAUCUAACAAGAGGGUAUAAUAAUUGUAAAUAUUUAUUCACCCAACAUGGAAAUACCCAAAUACAUAAAACAGUUAAUACCAAACAUAAAGGAAUUAAUUUAUAGUAAUAAAAUAAUAGUAGGGGACAUUAACACUCCACUUACAUCAUCCAAACAUAAAAUCAACAAGAAAACAGUGGCUUUGAAUGACACACUGGACAGAUGGAUGUAACAGACAUAUUCAGAGCAUUCCAUCAUAAAACAGCAGAAUACACAUUCUUUUCAAGUACACAUGGAACAUUCUCCAGAACAGAUCACAUAUUAGACCACAAAACAAGUCUCAACAAAUUCAAAAAAAAAAUCUAAGUUACACCAUGCAUCUUUUCUGACCACAACGCUAUGAAACUAGAAAAAGAAAAAAAUCUGAAAAGACCACAAAUACAUGGAGUUUAAAUAACAUGCUACUAAACAGUGAAUGGGUCAGCCAAUAAAUCAAAAUAAAUAAAUAAGUAAAUUACAUGGAAACAGAUGAAAAUGAAAACACAACAUCCUAAAUCUUCGGGAUGCAGCAAAAGUGGUUCUAAGAGGGAAGUUCGUAGCAUCAUGGGCCCACCUCAAGAAGCAAGAAAAACCACAAACAACCUAAUCUUACACCCAAAGGAGCUAAAGAAAAAACAAACAAAACCCAAACCCUGCAAAAGGAAGGAAAUAAUAUAAGAUUAGAGCAGAAAUAAAUGAUAUAAAAACUAUAAAUAAAUAAAUAAACAAACAAACAAAUAAAUAAAUAAAUGAAACCAGGAGAGAGAGAAA